GUGCUGGGCUGUCCAUCGGGCAUUUCUCUUCCUGGAGGGCUGCCUUUCUGGUUCUUCUGCGUGCACUUCGCAAGCUCUCAAGCCUCACUUGACAGACCCUUGGAGCGUAGGCGCAUGCGUCGGCUCCCGCAGGACCUGGCGCAGGCGCCCAACACGCAGGGCGGUCCGGCUGUGCUCGUCGCGUCCGAGGAGCAGUUCAAGGUGUUCACGCCGCCCAAGAUGAGCGCCAAGACCAAGUUCAAGCUGACGGCCCACGAGGGCUGCCGCGUGUGCAAGGUGGCCCUGGCCACGUUUGCCAGUGUGGCCUGCGACGACUACGCCGAGACCUGCCUGGCCUCCCUCACCAACCUGGGCAACGUCGUAGUUUUCCCGGCACCGGACGCUUGCAGCGCGCACAGCUUCUCCAGUGCCCGGGGCCUGCGGUGCACAGCGGCCAGCAGCACCCAGUGGCCGGUGGCUUCUCCCAGCGACAACCUCUUCUUGCACCUGCUGGUUCGUCCCCUCCGGAGUUUGCCGUGAAGUCUGAAACUGGUACCCUCUACGUGGAGGGCAAGGAGAGACCGAAGAAAGAGGCAGACCACUCCAGAUUGAAAGCAGAUAAAACUACUUGAUAAAAUGAUUUCCUGUCACGCUGCUGAAGAUCCUAUUAAAAAGGUUGCUAUCUUUGGAGGAACUCAUGGGAAUGAACUAACAGGAGUAUUCCUAGUUAAGCACUGGCUAGAGAACGGCACUGAGAUUCAGAGAACAGGGCUGGAAGUAAAACCAUUUAUUACCAACCCAAGAGCAGUGAAGGAGUGCACCAGAUAUAUUGACUGUGACCUGAAUCGAGUUUUUGGACCUGAAUAUCUUGGCAAAAAAAUGUCAGAGGAUUUGCCAUAUGAAGUGAGAAGGGCUCAAGAAAUAAAUCAUUUAUUUGGUCCAAAAGAUAGUGAAGAUUCCUAUGACAUUAUUUUUGACCUUCACAACACUACUUCUAAUAUGGGGUGCACUCUUAUUCUUGAAGAUUCCAGGAGUGACUUUUUAAUUCAGAUGUUUCAUUAUAUUAAGACUUCUUUGGCUCCAUUACCCUGCUAUGUUUACCUUAUUGAGCAUCCUUCCCUCAGAUAUGCAACCACUCGUUCUAUAGCCAAGUAUCCUGUUGGUAUAGAAGUUGGUCCCCAGCCUCAAGGGGUUCUGAGAGCUGAUAUUCUGGAUCAAAUGAGAAAAAUGAUUAAACAUGCUCUUGAUUUUAUACAUAAUUUCAAUGAAGGAAAAGAAUUUCCUCCCUGUGCUAUUGAAGUCUAUAAAAUAAUGGAGAAAGUUGAUUAUCCCAGGAAUGAAAGUGGAGAAAUUGCUGCUAUUAUCCACCCUAAACUGCAGGAUCAAGACUGGAAACCAUUGCACCCUGGGGAUCCUGUGUUUUUAACUCCUGAUGGAAAGACUAUUCCAUUGGGCGGAGACCAUACCGUGUACCCGGUGUUUGUAAACGAGGCUGCAUAUUAUGAAAAGAAAGAAGCUUUCGCAAAGACAGCUAAACUAACACUCAAUGCGAAAAGUAUUCGCUCCUCUUUACAUUAGAAAUCACUUCUAGCUCACUUGUUAUCGAGUACCUUGAAAAAUUCUACUAGUUCGUAAGCUCCUGAAGAGCAGGAUUGUGCCUUAUUCGUUUCCACAGCACCUAGCCCAGUGCCUUGCACACAAUGGACAUUCAGGUAAAUUUCUUGAAUGAGUGAAUACAUUAAUGAAUACCUUUCAUAGAUAUCGUACUUUAUGUAUGUAACUUAUUCAAAGAAGCACAUUUCUUAUUUCUGUAUAGCUUUUUAUACCUUAUACUUUGAUAGUUUAACAUUCUUGGUAAACAGCCUUUGAAUUUAAAUUUUAACAUUGAAAUAGAUACUAUAUACAAAACAAUAAUAACUUGAGCAUAUAAUUAAAUGUUGUAUGUUUUCAAGUAAUGUAAAAAUGCUACUAGAAACUAAUGGUAUUUUAAGUUUUUUCACAUUUGAAUUAAUGAUAAAGUAUUAAGGAUCCAGUCUAUCAACUUUAGCAGUAGUUGUGAUAUCUGUAGAUUUUUAAAUGCUCUUUUGAAGAUGAAACAUGAAAAGAAAGGAGGGCUGAUUGUAAAGGUGACAUUAUGAAUAAAUCAAGAAACUCUGAA